AUGCUGGAUAAAAGACAAACGUUAAAGAACGAAUUGGAAAAGAUGGAACUCGAGCAAGACUUGGUAGUGGCCCAAGCUAGAGAAAAGGUGUAUGCCGACGUAGCUGAUGAAGAAGCGUCGACGACAGAGAAUUUGGAACUGAACUUGAAUCUUGAAGGAAAGACCAUACAUAUCACGGUUAAUUUAACUCAAAGUUCGCCUGUCCCUGCUCUUUCUUUAGUUAAUUCUGAACGAACAGAACUGUUUGACGCAGUUGAACGUUUCCACGCUGUAGAUGACUUACGAGAACCACGCGAAAUAUUUGACUUCGCUUGA